UCAAAAACACUGAGAAAUUAGAAAAUACUAGAAACAACAAGCAACAAGUGUGCUAUUUGGGUUUUGGGAUAUACUCUUACUUUAUUCUCUGAGAAUUCAGCUUUCAUUUUUUUUUUUUUGAGCAAAAGAAUUCAGCUUUCAUUUCGGUCAGUAUAUAAGGCAAUAUAGCGAAAGUGUUGGCUCUGACAAAAUUUCUGCAAAGUGCUUAGUAUCUUUUGUUACUUUUUAUAAAUAGACAAAAGUUUCUAUCUUUACAUGGACCCAAUACUUUGAUCUGUAUCAUCCUUUAAUUCCUUGGCCUUCUUCAUCCAUUCCCUACACUCAUUGCUUUGGAAUCCCAUCACCCAAAGUGGGGUUUCUCAUAAAGUUUUGAACUUUAGUGCUAUAUCAGUACUAUCUAUAAUAGAUCAGAAAUAAUGGGUUGCUGUUCUAGCAAGAGAAAGUCUCCAAACCCAGAUGUAAUCAAUGGGUAUGGAUCAAAUGUCCAAAAUUACCUAGCCCAACCAGCUUUUGUGUCUCAUAAUAAAGUCUCAGCCCCUCAAACUCAAACCACACAACCUAGGCACCACCACCACCACCACCACCACCAUCAACAACAGCAACAGCAACAGCAACAGCAACAGCAACAGCAAUCAUAUCAUCAGAUAAAGCCACAGCCACCAAAUCCUAGUUCAGCAAAACCUGCACCCAAAAACAUUAUAGCUAUGCAGAAACCAGACUCCAUUCUAGGCAGGCCCUUUGAUGACAUUAAAGAGUACUAUACACUUGGAAAAGAACUGGGUAGAGGUCAAUUUGGCAUCACAUAUUUGUGCACUGAGAACUCAACUGGUCGUACUUAUGCCUGCAAAUCCAUUCUGAAACGUAAGCUUGUGUCCAAGAGCGAUAGGGAUGAUAUGAAGAGAGAGGUUCAGAUUAUGCAGCACAUGUCUGGUCAGCCAAACAUUGUGGAAUUCAGGGGUGCUUAUGAGGAUAGGUACUCUGUGCACCUUGUGAUGGAGCUUUGUGCUGGGGGUGAGCUUUUUGAUAGGAUAAUAGCACAAGGCCAGUAUUCUGAGAAGGCUGCCUCAGGUAUUUGUAGGGCCAUUGUUAAUGUGGUCAAUGUUUGCCAUUUCAUGGGUGUGAUGCAUCGUGAUCUUAAGCCUGAGAAUUUCUUGCUGUCUACUAAGGAUGAAGGGGCUAUGUUGAAAGCAACCGAUUUUGGGUUGUCCGUCUUCAUUGAGGAAGGAAAGGUGUAUCAUGAUAUAGUAGGCAGUGCUUAUUAUGUUGCUCCUGAAGUAUUGCAGCGUAAUUAUGGAAAGGAAAUAGAUAUUUGGAGUGCUGGAGUUAUCUUGUACAUUCUUCUUAGUGGUGUACCUCCAUUUUGGGCAGAAAAUGAAAAGGGAAUAUUUGAUGCUGUACUGCAAGGAGAACUUGACUUUAAAAGUGAACCAUGGCCGUUGAUUUCAGAGAGUGCAAAAGAUCUAAUCAGGAAGAUGCUGACAAAGGACCCAAAAAAGCGAAUCACUGCCGCACAAGUUCUUGAGCAUCCAUGGAUUAAAGGUGGGCAAGCAUCAGACAAGCCAAUAGAUGGUGCAGUGCUCUUGAGAAUGAAGCAAUUUAGGGCAAUGAAUAAGCUCAAGAAACUGGCACUAAAGGUCAUAGCACAAAGUCUAUCUGAAGAAGAAAUUAAAGGUCUCAAAGCAAUGUUCAUAAACAUGGACACUGACAACAGUGGUACAAUCACUUACGAAGAACUGAAGACAGGUUUGGCUCGGAUGGGUUCACGACUGUCAGAGGUAGAAGUCAAGCAACUCAUGGAAGCUGCUGAUGUAGAUGGAGAUGGAACGAUUGACUACAUUGAAUUUAUCUCUGCUACAAUGCAUAGACACAGACUAGAAAGAGAUGAUCACCUAUACAAAGCAUUUCAGUAUUUUGAUAAGGAUAGCAGUGGGUAUAUUACGAGAGAUGAGUUAGAGGCAGCUAUGAAGGAGUACGGAAUGGGUGAUGAAGCAAGCAUCAAAGAAAUUAUUUCUGAGGUGGAUACAGAUAAUGAUGGGAGGAUCAACUAUGAGGAGUUUUCCACGAUGAUGAGAAGUGGAAUGCCACAGCCAGCCAAACUAUAUUAGUUCCACUAGUGGGAGUUCAAAGUUUUUCAAGCAGAGGUUGUUACCAUUCAAGUGAGCUCUUCUUGAAUGACUUGGUGCCCGUUUGAUACAACUUAUGUCUCCCAUUUUUGAAAAUGGGGUUUUAUUUGGAAAACCUGUAGCUAAAAAGUACUUUGAAAAAUGUAUUUUGAUAGCGCAUUACCAAAUGGAACUUGAUGUCAGCACGAUUUAGAGGAAAUCUUACACAUAUAUUUGGUAGACCACUGUUGAGUUGGUUUUCUUCUAUGAUCUUUUGGUAUAUUUAUUGAACAUUCUGAGGCUAUAGAUUAGAUGGCUUCAGUGGAAGUGUAGUUCUAGUUUUUGUGCAUAUUUAGUUUCAGGUUUGACCUUUUUCCAAAUUCUAAUUUUAUAUAUUGUUUUCCACUUUAA